GGAGGCGGCGCACGGAGAGCGGCGGGAGCAGGCCCGGCCCGGCCCUCGAGCGGCCGCCUGGCUGCAGCAUGCGCGUCCGCCGGGGGCUGCUGCGGCUGCCGCGCCGCUCGCUGCUCGCCGCGCUCUUCUUCUUCUCCCUCUCGUCCUCGCUGCUCUACUUCGUCUAUGUGGCGCCCGGCAUAGUGAACACCUACCUCUUCAUGAUGCAGGCUCAAGGCAUUCUCAUCCGGGACAACAUGAGAACGAUCGGCGCUCAGGUUUACGAGCAGGUGGUUCGGAGCGCUUACGCCAAGAGGAACAGCAGCGUGAAUGACUCAGAUUAUCCUCUUGACUUGAACCACAGCGAAACCUUCCUACAAACCACAACUUUUCUUCCUGAAGACUUCACCUACUUUGCAAACCAUACCUGCCCUGAAAGGCUCCCUUCCAUGAAGGGCCCCAUAGCCAUAAACAUGAGUGAAAUUGGAAUGGAUGCCAUCCAUGAACUCUUCUCUAAAGACCCAACCAUCAAGCUCGGAGGUCACUGGAAGCCAUCGGAUUGCAUUCCUCGAUGGAAGGUGGCAAUCCUUAUCCCCUUCCGGAACCGCCAUGAGCACCUCCCGGUCCUGCUCCGACACCUGAUUCCCAUGCUCCAGCGCCAGCGCCUACAGUUUGCAUUUUAUGUGGUGGAGCAAGUUGGCACCCAGCCCUUUAAUCGAGCCAUGCUUUUUAAUGUGGGUUUUCAAGAAGCAAUGAAGGACUUGGACUGGGACUGUCUUAUUUUUCAUGAUGUGGAUCAUAUACCAGAAAGCGAUCGUAACUAUUAUGGAUGUGGACAGAUGCCAAGGCACUUUGCAACUAAACUGGAUAAGUAUAUGUACCUGCUUCCUUAUACCGAGUUCUUUGGCGGGGUGAGCGGCUUAACAGUGGAACAGUUUCGGAAAAUCAAUGGCUUUCCUAAUGCUUUCUGGGGUUGGGGUGGAGAAGAUGACGACCUGUGGAACAGAGUACAGAAUGCAGGCUAUUCUGUGAGUCGACCGGAAGGUGACACAGGGAAGUACAAGUCCAUUCCUCAUCACCACCGAGGAGAAGUCCAGUUUCUUGGAAGGUAUGCGUUGCUGAGGAAGUCCAAAGAACGGCAAGGGCUGGACGGCCUCAACAACUUGAACUACUUUGCAAACAUCACAUACGACGCCUUGUAUAAAAACAUUACCGUCAAUUUGACACCCGAGCUGGCUCAGGUGACCGAGUACUGAGACGAGGGGAGAAUAUAUGUUUGCUUCACCCACCGCCCCCAAGAAAGCAGCCUGACGACAUGUCUCGGGGCUCCACAGAGGAAGAAAACAGAAAUCCAGUGUGGAUCCGUGAGGGAUCACAGGGUUCAAGGAAAAAAUGUGAACAGAGCACACGCACAUAACGCCUUCACCGUUUGGACCCACUGGGCUUGAGGGAGUCAGCCGGACACUGACUUUCUCUUUUCACAAGACAGACGUCUGUCCUGCUGCUCUUCUCCCCCAUCUUCUGCCCUGACGUCCCAUCUCCUCCACAAUCUCCAGAACCGGAACUGUGAUCCGCCACCAUCCCGCCACGAAUGGCCUUGGGAGCUUCUUGGCCUUCAGAGGAAAGAGGCAGACCCACCACAGGGCAGCUGUGUUUUAGGAAGAGCAAAGGAAACUCCACACAACCAUUCUUCUACGUCUCUGGUGUUCUCUUUGGUUUCAUUAAAAAAAAAAAAAAAAAAAUUACCUGCUUUGG